GGCUUGGCAGACAUUUUUUUCUUUCUACAAUUUUAAAUUAAAUUUAUUAGAAUAAAUGCUUCGAACACACGCGAUCUAAGUACCUUUUGUGUUUAUUAUACCUUACCUACCUAGGUAUAAAAAGAGUACUUACGUAGAUUUUCUUUUAUUAACUGUUUUAUACGAAGAUCUUGAUCUCUCAAAUUAGCAUCCAUUUUACUUCCAGUGAUUAUCAACUAAAUUAAUAAUCCACAAAGUAUUAAAUAACGUUUUUAUGAAAUAUUUAGCACAAAAACAAUACCCUUUAAAUAUCGAUCGUCAGUAACUGUGGCUGACUUACCUAUAUUCUAGCAAGCAGGACUGCCAGAUGUGAAGGGGAAAUCCCCAAUAAAUUGUUGCAUGUGACUGAUGAUGUGAGCAUGUUCGUUUCAUAAUAAAAAUGUUGCCAGGUAACCAAAAAGUCGUAUGUUUUUGUGCGAAUUACGAUCAUAAUCUUUACGAUCGUACAUUAAAAAAUAGACAAAUAAUAGUAUGAGUACGAUUUAAAUCGUAUAUCUGUCAACCCUGCUAGCAAGACAGCGACAAAAUCACGUUGCAUAACAAUGUAGCCCAAGCUUAUAUCUUAUGAAAUAUACGGAAGAGAUACGGACUUAGAAAAAACAGAAAUGUUGUUCUUUGUGGAAGUCAUUGAUGAAAUUCUAUGUAUUUUAGCCCGCAAACUUUCUUCAAACAAAAACAGCGCCAUCUAGUAUCGAGUUCUGUAAUUAUCUCUUUGUUUAUGGAUUUGAAGUAAGACCGCCACGCAUGCAAUACAUUAUGACUGGGGAUUCCCCUAUUCGUCGACGCUGAAUAUGAGGCGACGACAAUCACUGUCAAACGUGUUCACUAUUACUCUGACUCUGGUAACGUGACUUCCUGGUAACGUGUUAGGUAGGAAAAGCAGUAAAAAAGUGCAUAUUAAGGGAGCAGAUUUGAAAUAAUAUUUAUACUUAACAAGAAAUAAUUAAAGGUUCAAUGGGGAGACCUAAAGAUUUACGCAUAUGGGAGCACUACCGUACUUUACCAAACAAGUCUGUUUCUUGCAAGCUUUGUAAUAAGGUCUACAAAUUCAGUAAUGCUGCCAAAAUGCUUCAACAUCUUAUCACUUGUCCAAAAUCUCCAGAAACAUUAAAAGACUCUAUGAAACUUAUAAAAGAUAGCUCGUCCAAAACCAAAAUGUCUGGACUGCGUGAAUUUACUGGGUACAGAGGAAUAACACCUGAGUCCUCAGGAAUGGCAACGCAUGGGGGGUAUCAUGGGCGAAACAGUAUACUCUGUUAUGUCCAUGGUACUGCUCGUGUCUAUGGGCGGCGGUUACCACUUUCCAUCAGGUGGGCCGUCAGCUUGUUUGCCAUUCUAAGUUCUAUAAAAAAAAAAAAAAAAAAAAAAAAAAAAACUGUCAGAGAUAGAGACAAAUGAUUCUUUUAUAAGCCCCUCGUCGUCUGCUAACACUACAAUAAAUGCUGAGUUUCAAGACACCGAUGAUCAUAUAAAAACAGAAUUAGCGAGAGCUAUAUUUGUAACAGGGACGCCAUUAUCGAUGGUGCAACAUCCUUUAUGGAUACAAUUUUUCGAAAAAUUGCAACCAAAAUUUAAAAUACCUUCACGUAAAGCUUUAGCGACAAAAUACUUAGAUAAAAUAUAUAGAGAAAUGCGUUUUGAGUUAAAUGAGGAACUAAAUGCUUGUAGUUACUUACACCUUCAGUGCGAUGGCUGGUCUAAUUUAAGAAAUGAAGGAAUAAUAAACUUUCUUAUAUCAAAACCUCAACCUGCAUACGUUAAAAGUUUGAAUACAGAAAGUAAUCCUCACACUAGUGAAUACCUUAGCCAAGAAGUUGAAAAAGUAAUGAAAGUGUAUGGAGCAAAUAAGUUUCUUGUACUUAUUGGCGAUAACGCUAGAAAUAUACAAAAGGCAUUCGAAUUAACAAAACUCAAAUAUCCACAUGUUGUUCCUCUUGGUUGCUGUGCACAUAUCCUUAACUUGUUGUGCCAAGAUAUUGUAAAGAUACAAGAAGUAACUGUGUUUAUUAUGCAAGCCAUAAAUAUAAUAAAAACUGUUAAAAGGAGUCAACGAUUAAGUUCCUUGUUGAUAAAAUCAAGGCAGGGUGAAGAUUCUACACAAACACUAAAAUUGCCUUGUGCUACAAGAUGGGGAAGUCAUGUUACUUCGUUAAAAAGUUUGAAAGCAAAUAAGAUAGCUUUGCAAAUAUUAACAGUUAGAGAAGAUGUGGUAAUUUCAAGAGAUAUUAAAGAUUUAAUUCUAAGUGAUGAUUUCUGGACGAAGACAGGGGAAUGUAUAAGUAUUUUGGAACCAGUCACUGAAAGCAUAUUUUACUUAAAGAGCGACCAGAAUCGUUUGCAUCGCACAUACAUUACAUUUAGAGAUGUACAAGCUAAGAUACGUUUUGCAUUAAAUGAGAUUUCGACAUUGAGCGAAGAAAGCAAACAGCAGAUUCUAACAUCAGUAUCUUCAAGAUGCAAUAUGGCAAUGAGGCCAAUACAUUUUGCAGCAUAUAUUCUAGACCCCAGGACUCUAGGAGUCGAACUUACUCAAGAGGAAGAACUUAAGGGUAUGGAGUUUAUCUACAAUUUAAGCCAACACUUAAGUUUGUCAAAUGUAAUGGCAGAUUUGGCGUGUUAUAAAGCUAAAGAAAACUUUUGGGCCAGAGGAUUUGUAUGGAGCUCAUUAGAUAGCAUUGAGCCCCUAAUAUGGUGGAAAGGUAUUUGUGGUUCCACUGAGUUAAGCAAAGUAGCGAUUCGUAUUCUAUCAGCUCCCUGUACUUCGGCAGCCACUGAGCGUUCCUUUAGUAUCCAAGGCUACAUACAUAAUAACAAAAGAAAUCGACUUACAACUGAAAGAACUGAAAAAAUUUCAUUCAUUUGUUAUAACUGGAAUCUUAAACAUAAAGCUGAAUGCGAGGACAUUCAGUUUAAUGAAGAAAAUACCUUAGAAGCUUUCAUUGAGCAAGUAAAUGAACAUAACAGUUUAGACGAAAUAGAGCCUAUCGAACCUAUACAAUUCAUCGCUUGUAAUAACUCUGAAUCUGACAGUGAUUGACUGUAGUUUUACAUUUUACUUUCAUCUCUUUCUUAAUAAACUCAAAAUCAAAUUAAAAGUUUUUUAUUCUGUAGGCUGCAUAAUAAUAUUGUCUAUGUCCAGUAUAGUGGACGUCUUGCGGCUGAGAUGACGAUGAUGAAGUACAAAAUCAUAAACACCCAAAAAUUUGGGUGUUUAUGGGGUUUAAACCCAAUAAACCCAAAACACCCGGUUUUUACCCACCAGACUUUAAACCCACCCAGGUGGAUUGCCCA